GUUUCUUUAACACGCAUACUUCACUGUUCACAUACUAAUCCACUAAUCGGACACGCCGAAAAUGAAACCCAGCAAUUGUACGCUUAUGCGUGGACUCAGUGAGUUUUCGGCAACAGCGAUAUUAAUGAUCAUCAGCUGUAUGGAAUGCACAGUAAACGAGCAGGAGAAACACGGGAUUCUGCUCACAAGCCUGAUCCACGGACUGGCCGUAGUUACAGUUAUGCAUAUUUUUGGAUUUAUAUCUGGAGCACAUGCCAAUCCGUGUGUCUCCAUUGCUUGCUGUUUAUUGGGAUAUAUAGGUUCCCAUAUGAUGGUUUUCUAUUUAGCCAGUCAGUUGGCAGGUGCUGCAUUUGGAUACUUUCUGUUGCUUCAAAUGGUUCCUAAAACCAUGAUAAAUUCCAGCAAACUAGGCGUUUGCAUUGUGGAACCUAUGAAAGAUCUGUCCUAUGUGCAGAUCGUGUGCAUCGAAGGUUUCCUCGCAUCGGUGCUGAUCUUUGCCUGGUGUGCUCUUUGGGAUGUGAGAAGCGGACGCUUCCUGGAUUCGGUUACACUACGCUUAGGCUGCUUAGUCACUGUAUGCAAUUUAAUUGGAGGUCAGUUGACGGGUGCCUCUAUGAAUCCAGCUAAGUUGCUCAUUCCAGCACUCUACAAGGGCAACCCGGAAUCGGUUUUAAUGCAGCUAACCGGGCAACUGGUUGCUUCCAUCAUUGUGCCUCAUAUCUGGCAGUUUGCCUACACACAAAGAUAUCGGCCCCUGCGGCUUGAAAACUGUGAAAGGCCUUCCACUGAACUGUAUCUAACUCCAUAAGCCCCAUUAAAAUGAUACCUGUUAAAAUAUAGAUUUAAAUUAUACAAAAC